AGAGGUGGAGAGGGGAGGGAAGGAGGAGCGAGCAGUGAGAUCCCACGGGAGGUGAGCGGAGAGGAAGCGAACGGCAUCCGUGGAAGUUUGGCAUCCUCCUCUUUCACUCUUCCCGAACUCUCCGCACGCUCUCUCCCUGACCCCACCUCUCUCUCUCUCUCCUCUCGCCAUCCACUUAUUAUCUUCUGCACGAUUUCCAGGACUCCCCUUCUCGACACGAUUUAUCUUAUCUCUCUCUAUUUCUCUCUAUCUGUCACGACGGUGCCUCCUACUCUUCAUCCCUCAACGCUCUCCAAACCCCUCUCCCUAAAUCCUCUCUCUAGCUCUGUGUCUCUUAAUCAGCAUCCUCCCACGCGCUCCCCGACUCCCUCUCGUCUCCAUCCUCCGCAGCAUCUUCUCUGACACCCUCUCAAUAGCCACUCCACUCCACGACUCAAUCUUCUCCACCACUCUCCACUUCGUGUCUCCCUGCAUCUCAUUGAAGUCAUUCUUUGAUUAGCCUCUCUCUGAUCUCAACCUCUCUCCACCUUCAUCCCCCCCACCUUCCCAUCUCUCCGCAUCUCCCACCUCUCGCCUCCACCUCUCAUGGAUCCAUCAUCCUUGGAGUCGGAUUAUGGGGGUGCCGUCACCCCCACCGACUUCACAAAUCUCAACGACACCGCCACCACGACCACCGCCGCCGCGGAGUGCGACUACAGCGAGUGGAACGUCACGCCGACGCUCAUCCCCAUCGUCUACUCGCUGGUGUUCGUGUGCGGCCUCGUGGGCAACGGCCUCGUGGUGUGGACCAUCGCGCGCCUCAAGACGCGCAAGCGCAACACGGAUCUCUACAUCGCCAGCCUCGCCUCCGCCGACCUUGUCUUCGUGCUCACGCUGCCCCUCUGGGCCGCCUACACGGCCCUGGACUACCACUGGCCCUUCGGGGGCUUCCUCUGCACCCUCAGCAGCUGCGUGGUCAUGCUCAAUAUGUACGCGAGCAUCUUCUGCCUCACCUGCCUCAGCCUCGACCGCUACGAGGCCGUCGUCUGCUCGCGGCCCGCCGGGAGCCCGCGCGGCAGGAGGACCGCGCUGCGACGCUGCGCGGUCAUCUGGCUGAGCGCCCUCGUCGCUUCGCUGCCCUCGAUUAUCUUCAGCGGCGUGUCCGCCGUGGAACACCCCAACGGCGGCGGCGGCGGCGAUGUCAGUCGCAACGAAACGGACUACAGCUACAACAGCGACGGCGACGGACAGGAGAUGGACGAUUCCUACAGGACGAUGUCCGACGCCGCGAUGAUGACGAUGGCGAUGACGACGACGACGACGAUCCAGUGCAGCGCAAGCUUCGCGUCCGUGGCGUCGCCGGACACCGAGCACCUGUGGGCGGCGGGGCUCAGCCUCACCUCCACGGGCCUGGGCUUCGUGCUGCCCGGCUGCGCGCUGCUCUUCUUCUACGCGCGCAUCAUGGCCAAGAUCCAGAGCCACUUCACGCACGUGCGCAGGGAGAGCCGGAAGCGCCGCCGUCUGCUGCGAGUCAUCGCCACGCUGGUGGUCACCUUCCUCGCCUGCUGGCUGCCCUACCACCUCCUCAAGACGCUGGACGCACUCGUGUGGCUCGACUUGCUGCCCAUGAGAUGCGGCCUCGAGCGCGCCAUCUUCGUGGGGCUGCCCUUCGCGCUCUGCUGGGGCUUCGUCAACAGCUGCCUCAACCCCGUCCUCUACGCCUACUUCGACGUCGACUUCAGGGCGCGCUGCGCCAGCGCCCUGGGAUUCGCGUGCCCCCCGCGGACGGGGGCAGAGCCCCCCACGACUGGGCGCUCGGGGUGCCGAGGACACGAGGAGCCGCCGUCGGGAUCGUCCGGGGAGCGCAGCCGCUCGGGGACCGGCUCCGUCUCCACGAGCAUCUAGGAACGCGUGGCGGAGGUGUCCACCGUCGCCGCCGUCGCCACCGUCGUCGUGACGCGCGAGGCGCGCGUCCGUCAAGUCGUCGAUGGAGAGACGCGGGGGCGGUAGCGCGGAGCGGCUCUGGAGCGAGGAGACUCGAGGGUUCUUCACGGGCAGCCUGGAGACGAUCGGCUCCAGGGGCGGGGCCAGGCCAGCGCCGGCGUGCGACGUGGGCCAGGGCGCCCUCGUGUAAGAAUUUCCCGCUCGCGCAUCCGAGCCGAGCCAGCACGGGUGGUUUUCCACUGGCGAUUUGUCGAGCCGAACCAGAGGCAAACCGUGAAACGUUGGCAUCACGGAGGGAGGGGGGAAACUUGAAUUCGGCUCGUGGCCAAACAAGGGGCUAAUCGUUGCAAUUGGCGUCAAUCAGUAGAACGCGACGACGUCAGCGGCAC